AUGGCGGCAUCUCUAUUCACUUUCUCCUCUAGUUCACGAAGGGUAAUCCCUGCCCCAAACUCUCCUCCUCUCCCAUUAUACAUCAAAGCCACCAACGUUGUUUUCAACCCUGAUAUUCCAAAUGUUCAUCGAGGUCUUGGACUCGAUGAUUUCUUAGCCUCCUGCCGUCUCCGAUACGCCAUCAGUGACAUUCCAUCAGAAUUCUUCCCUGAACAAGUCUGUGAGUUCUACUACACUGCAACAGUCAAUGAUGAAAAUAAUGUCAUCACCGGGACUAUUGGCCGUGGAAGACACUCAGUCUUUAUUACCGCUGAACUCCUCAGUGUUGUACUCAGGUUGUCGAUCUUUGAACCCUUCUCUGAACUUCCUUCUAUUGAAUGCUGUCAACGUCUAUUCGAUCAACUGGGAUAUGAUCACUCAAAGGCUGGUGCUCGAUCAGCUCUUAUUCUACGUCAAUGUAUGACCCCAGGAUGGAAAUUCUUCAUCGGUGCUCUGUGCAAAUGUGUGGGUCAUAAGUCUCGAAGUGGUGAUCAACUGAGCACUUAUGAGCAACAAGUCGUCUGCUCACUUCUUCUCAAUAAAAGACUUGAUUAUGGGGCUUUAUUCUUUGAUCAACUUGUUCAACUUCUUCGUACGAAUGUACCCGCUGAUCACGUUCCCUUCCCAUGCUGGAUUGCUCUUGUGCUCGAUAAAUUUUUUGUUGCAGAUUACUUCUCACACCCUGGAAAUCCCAUCCAAUGCCCUCGCAUGUCAAUUCGAAUGUAUCAAGAUGAUCCGUUGGAAACUGACAUCGGCAUCUCUGAUAGGAUGAGAGAAUGGAUUGCAAAUCAAUACACUGUUCCUUCACUCACCGCUGAUACUGAUGAAGGAGCUGAUGAUAACCAUGCAAAUCAUGUCGGUCAAGAGGCUGAACCACAUGAUGGUGGUCAUUUCUCCCCUCAACUUUCUCAGCAUACGGUCUCUGUCACUGAGAAAGAUCACUCAGCUCAAGAGGAACCAUUGAUUCAGGGGGAGCAACCAUUUCAGGGGGAGCACCCAUCUCAGGGGGAGUAUCCCUCCCAGGGGGAGAAUCUACCCCAGGGGGACCAACCUUCUCAGGGGAUGCAACCACACUCACAAGCAGCUCCAGGUACUUCAUUCCUUCAAAUUCUAGCCUCAGCAUUUAAUGAACUUCUGACACUGACUCGGGACAUGAGUCAACGUCUUCUACGCAUUGAGGCUGAUGUUCAUCAGCUAAAGGAAGUUCUCUUACAUACUCCUUCCUCUCGCCCCCAAACUAAUGAUGCUCAAAAAGGGGGAGAUACUGAUACUGAUGAUAAUACUGAUGAUAAUCCAAAAGAGAGAGACAGUGAAUAUAUUAACAACACUUUAGUUCAGACUAAGUCACCAAAGCUGAUGCACGAGUCUAAUAGUCCAGCAGAUACUGAAAAGCUUGUUGAAGAUAGUGAGCAUGAUGAUGAAUAA